AUGCAUUUUCACUCUGAUUGGAAAUAUGAAAAAAUGUAGUUAAUUAAAGAUGUUCUUGUCCACAAAAAUGUAGUACCUAUUUAUAUACAAAAUAAAUUAAUGAAAGAAUUGGAUUUUUAGAUCAAAGCUUUUGGAAAUAAAAAUAAAAAUAAAAGUUUAUCAUCUCCUAAAAAAAGUUGCAAUCGUCGUAUUAAAACUUUAGAUUAAAGUCCUUAUAGUAUAAAAUUGGAAAGAAGUGUGAGCAAAAAUUAUAAUAAGGAUUAGGAUUGUUUAAAAUGUCGAAAAUUUAAUUUUUAGAAUAAAAUAAUAAUCCAGUGUGAUACUGGACAGCAUAUGUUUCAUGAAAAAUGCCUAUUUGACCUUUUUUAAGAACAACUAUUAGAUAUUUAACCUCAUUUUACUUGUUUUUGCGGGAUGAAAUUAUGUCCAGAGUUUGUAAAAUAACUUAAAAUAAGAGGUAUAGAAUAAUUAGUUAAUUAAUUAUAUGAAUAAUAACUUAAAUGCAUGAUGUAUUAAAUGCAAUUACAGAAUUGUUUGAAUCCCUUGUGUAAUUUUUUUUGGAUAAACAAUUCUUAAAAAUCUAGAAAAUAUGGGCGAUAACUUAAACCUCUCACAAAAGUCUAUUGUCCUUAUUGCUAAUGA